CAGUUCAUUCGUUCAGCGUCCGUCGAUUGUGAUGGUACUCCCGUCGGCGUUUCGAUCGUCAUUGUAAUUGUACUAUACAAAAUAGUGUCGCUGCUGCUCGUUACAGCCUGUCCGCAGUUCAAUUAGCAUACAUCGUGAAAAACCCUAGCGGCAUAUGAUCGUCUUCCCUCGGCGUGGUGUGAACGAUCAUUUAGCGUUACGCGUCCGAGCGGUGAACACGCAGGGAUUGCUUUCGGUUAAUUCGACCGUUGACUUCAGUGUGGUUCAUCAUCGGUGCUGCCUUCCAAGGUUUUUGGUCGGUCGUUUGGCAUUUUUUUUCCGGGGCGUGCAAGUGAGUGUUCAUAAUCGUAUGACCCGCGACCUACUGAGUGCAACUGAAGACGGUUCCUUUUGGUCUUGUCGUCCGUCAUCGCACCGGGGGCCAAUUGGUUUUGGACCAAUCGAUUGAUCGAUUGAUCGAUCAAUCGAGCGAAAAGUCAAAUGAGUGAAUAGAUUAAUCUCCUAAUGUUUGUGCGGUGAAACGCAAUCGCAGUGCAAUUUGUGAAUGCAAACACGAAAGAUGGGCUUGGAAUCGCGUGUGCCGUUAUGAAUUGUGUCAAUAUUUGAAAAGGUUUCCAUUUUUUGCUUCUCCUCCUCAAACAACGAGUGUAUCUUUUUUUUGCGUGUUUCUGCUUCACCAUCGUAGUGCUGUAUAGAGGUGAUAAUAAAUAUUACGUAAGAAAGUACGCCAAAUUUCGGUCACAAGCACGAGAAGAGAGGUGAAACGAUAAAGAAAAGCAAAAGCGAUACACGUGAAGCGUAUAUUACUCAAUGAAAGAAGCCUGUUCCGGCUGACUCGUAAGAUCAUCGACGACGUCUUGUCCAUUUUCGAGUGCACUAGGCCGCGGCUCUUUACAUGGUGAAAGAAAAGGAGCAGGGAAAAAGGUGCAAUGAAAUUGUGAAGUGAUUCAUCUCAGCAGCUGAUUGGUAGUGUAAGUGCGAGUAAAAAAAAUAAGGUGAAACAAAAAAUAGGCGAACGUACUCUAAAUUGGCAAAACAUAUCUGCACACUGUUCGCGAUAUAUAGUGUACGAGUGCGACGAAAAUGGCCCCAAUUCGUUUCACAAUUUUUGUGAUCAUCGUUGUCCUUGGUACUACCGGCGGUCAGUCAGCGUCAACGUCGACGUCGAGUAGAAAAGUCAACGAAACUGUGCAAUUUCGUCACCAACGUCCGUCUCUGAAUGGGACCUGCACGGAUGAAUACUGUCGCCGGGAAACGUUUGCCCAGGAAUAUCUGGUCGCCGGAUUCAGCCGAGCGUUGCGCCAGAAAGAGAUUCUUAAGCACACUUCGAUCAUCUACGGCCUCAUCUCGAUUGCCGAGCGUGACGAGCUUUCCGAGCAGUGCUACGGCGAGUUGCAGCAGAUCUUCGAGGGAAUCCAGCAGAAGGAGAUUUGGGCACUGAAGGUGCUAGACUCCUCUGGAAUCCAGGAGCCAAAUUUUAUGUCGGGCCACAACCACUGGAUCGGUUCGGAGAAGGGCUGCGAAUCGGCCCAGACUCCCCUGUCGAUUACUCUAUCCGGCCGCUAUCGUCGCAACAUGAAGCCCAACCUGGUGACGGCCUUGGCUCCGUUCGAUGUCAACUAUCGGAUGGUACACGCGCGGCAUCAGUCACCCUGGCAACUUGAGAUGAAAUUUCAAGGCGAGAAUAUUCUCCAUAUUGGUUUGUGUGUUCCGCGAUCUUGCUCCAACGGGGAGCUGUUCAAUUUGACUGCUCGUUACUUUGAUGAGCGCAUAAUCCACUCUCAGGACAUUUACGAGUUCAAACCGGAUGUGCUUCAGGUGAAAGACCUGCAGCUGACGACAAACUUCUGGGUGAAACCUAGCUUUCUGGUGAUUUGCAUUUCGUUCCUCGUGACUGCAUUGAUGGUGUUUUUAGCCCAAACUCGAGCGCAAAAAGCAGGCGAAACAAAACCGCUCACAAUAGGUGAAAAAAACAAUCUCACUUAUAGUGUGGUCAGUAAUGGAAACGUCGGGGCUCCAAAUGACGAUGAGCAAAUGAAGGAAACUCCGGUCGUUCCAGCUGCUGCCGUCACAACGGCGAAAGUACCAUCGUUUACGGUCAAGGUCAUCCAAAGCUUCAACAUACGCAAAAACCUUGCUGCAGUGUACCGUACCGACAUUGGCCCUCGCUCACUGCCGGUCAUCUGUGGAAUCAAGUCUAUUUCCUGUUUUUUGAUACUGUGCUUCCACAUCCAGUGGUACACGUUUUUCACCGUCCACAAUCCGGCGGUGAUGUUCCACUAUGCCGAGCAGAUUCGCUAUCAGUUGAUUAGUAACGCGCCGUUGCUGGUAGAUGCGUUCUUCGCCAUCAGUGGAUUCCUGGUCACGUACAAUUUCAUCCGGAAUUGCGAUCAAUUUAACGAAAUCAAAACAAGCGGAUGGUGGAAAAAUGUCAAGCUGUACGGGAAAAUGGUUGUUCAGCGCUAUUUGAGACUCUCGCCACUGUAUCUAAUGAUCACUGCGAUCGGCGAGCUGAUGACGAGCUACCUAGUGGAUACCUCAAAAUUCUGGAUUCACGAACGGAGCGAUCUACGCUGCCAGCGCUACUGGUGGCGCAACGUGCUCUACAUCCAAAAUCUAUUCGACAUCGACGAUCUCUGCCUGAACUGGACCUGGUCAUUGGCCUGUGAGAUGCAAUAUUACAUCAUCUCUGUUGCGCUUCUCUUCGUCUACGCCAGGAACACCGAGCUGGGUAAGUCGAUCUACGUGCUAUCGGCUGUGGCGACGUUCGUGUUCAACAUGGCCAUCACGCUGAUGUAUCACUUCGUGCCGUCCUACGAUGUGCUGUACAAUACGGGCAGUGCCCUCUACAUCGCGCCCUGGGCCCGAAUGUCCCCCUACGUGGUGGGUGUCUACUUUGGGUGGCUGCUGGCAGCAACCCGCGACCGUCUGGUCUUCACUGAGAAACAAUACCGCAAAUACUGGGUCCUGGCCUGCGUCGCGAUGAUAUGCAGCAUGCACUGUACCAUCAAGCGGGACUUCCCGUUUCCGCUGGCUUCCACCGUGAUGGUGGUCGUACGCAUACUGGUGGCUUUGUCCAGCUGCUGGAUCAUAGUGGCACAAGCGACUGGUUAUUCUAAUGCAGUCAUCCGGCUUCUGUCGUCGAGGUUUUUCAUUCACAUCAACAAGCUAACGUACGGAAUUUACCUUGUCAAUCCGCUAAUUAUCACCGCCGUGUUCGGACUUUCCGAUGGAAGCGUCAACGCGGAUCCCAUUCUGGCGAUUGUGAUGGCCCUCGGUGUCACGCUGCUGUCCUACGUGGUAGCGGUUGCCUUCACCGUGCUGUUCGAGAUUCCCUACUGCACAAUUGCAAAUGAAAUUUUGAAACUCAAGAAAAAGUCUGCAUCCACAGCGGCAGUGACGACGACGACGCUACAGAAGGAAGAGUCUACCAGUAAGCCUACGGAAAGCCUUUAUCAAUCAACAGACAUGAAGAAAGUGGUUUAAUUGAGUACUAAUUCUGAGGACGGCCGAAGCUUCCCGCAUGAUCAAUAGGACAUUUCCAUGAGGAAUGCAGUUUUUGAUGCAAGGGAUUUUUUUUUAGUCUGGACAGCUACAAACAGUAGAGGGAAAUUUUAAAAUAGCUUAGUAUGUUGUGAUAACUGAUUGCUGGAAUGGGUUAUGUUCGAAAUUGUUAGAAUUGUUUUAAAACACUGUAACAAACAGUAUAUAACUAAUUGAAAUCACACUUUUAGAGGGAGAGUUUUUAACGGUAACAUAUGUCAAAGGAUUAAAUCAAAAACUUCAAUCCAAGUAUUAAUUGAAAAUUAUAAUUAAUUAUAAUUUCGACAUAUCAAAACAAAGUAAAAUAUCAACACUAUGUUCGAUUAGAUCAAGGAAUAUGUGUACUUAGUUCUAAAAACAAAAUAUUAUAACUAAUUAAAGAAAUUAGAAAAGGAUAACAAAGUAAGCAAGCAAUUUACAUUGUUGUACAUAAAAGCUAUUCGUUAGGAACUGAGAAGUAUUAUUUAUCGUUUAUCAGCCAGACAGGAGCAGACAAUAUUUAACUAUUUUAGCCACCAAGUGUGUAAAUGUUCCUAGAGGCUGCCACUUGCAAAAGGUGUCACUGAAUAGCACUGCAAAUUAAAAUUAAGCACUUCUGUUGAUCGAAAGUGAGAAAUAAAUGGUGUCUCUAUAGCGGGAUAAUCA